AUGGUGAUAGGGCUGCGAAGCGGCCGAUACGUGGUGGUGGGAGCGCUCUGGGCAUCGAGAAUCUUCAAUGUCGUCAUCGAUAUUCAGAGGUGCCUUCGAUUGCCGGCCGAGUCGGCCUUCUUGGCGCACCGAGGGCCGGAUGAGCCACUGCAACUCGCGCCACACACCAGUCGUCAUGAGCCACAGCAGCCGGCGCAGAGGCAGGCCCUUCGGAUCAGGGGAACGGCGCAGGCACAACAGGGGAUACACCACUGUUCCGCCCUGAUCGUCAAGCUCCGACGCUUGUGUACAAGUAGUAGGGCCAUGAACACCCCGCCUUGA